UUCUCAAUAUUUUCGUCUCGGUAUCUCAUCCACACAAUCAUACGAAGAAAAAAAAUAUGGAAGAGAAGCAAGUUCUCCACAUGAAAGGUGGUGUCGGCAAGGCAAGCUAUGCAAAAAACUCUUCACUUCAAAAGAUGGUUAUUUCAAAAGUGAGAGCCAGGGUGGAAGAGAGUGCUUUGGAAGCUUACUGUAAUAUAUUUCCAGAUUGUAUGAGAAUAGCUGACUUGGGUUGCUCUUCCGGGCCAAACUCUUUGGCUGUUACAUCUUAUAUUUUAGAUGCAAUAGUAAACCAAAUGACUAUGAUGAAGAAGCCAUUGACAUUCCAAGUUUUCCUCAAUGAUCUUCCUGGAAACGAUUUCAACACUGUCUUUCAAUCACUUUCGAGCUUCUAUGAGAGGCUGAAGAAGAAGAAGAAUGAGAAGGGAGACAAGUUUGAUCGUCCCUUAUGCUUUGUCAUGGCCAUGCCAGGGAGCUUCUACGAAAGGCUUUUCCCUAAUAACUUCAUACACUUCUUUCUUUCUUCUUACAGUUUACAUUGGUUGUCUAAGACUCCCAAAGGGUUGGUUAGCGAGACCGGAGAAGCACAUAACAAAGGGAAUAUUUAUAUUACGAAAGCAAGUCCUGAUGUGGUUGGGAAAGCAUACUCGUGUCAGUUCCAAGAGAAUUUCACAACCUUUUUAAGGUAUCGUUCAGAGGAAAUUGUCAUUGGUGGAUGUAUGGUACUAACAAUGAUCGGCAGUGCUAUAAGUAAUGAUCCUAAACACGUGUUGGAGAUAAUGGGAAGGGCGUUGAAUGACAUGGUCUUCGAGGGUAUAGUUGAAGAGAAAAGCUUGGACAAUUUUAACAUGCCAGUGUAUUGCCCCACUGCGAAAGAAGUGAGAAUGGUGAUUGAAGACGAAGGAUCUUUUAAGUUACAGAAGCUUGAAGUUUUCGAAAUUGCUUGGGAUGCUGGCUUAAACGAAGAAAAAGGAAAAAUCAUUCAUAGUAUUAUUGUUGAUGAUGAUAAUAUAGAUAAAUACAACAGAGGGAAGUAUGUUUCGGAUUAUAUGAGAGCAGUUUUGGAACCUAUUCUGAUGAAACAAUUUGGAGAAAGUAUCAUGGAUGAUUUAUUUGAGAGGUUCACUCACAAAAUCAUCGAAUCAAUGGCGAAUGAAAAUUGGCACUACAUAAACUUGGCUAUUUCUUUGACAAAGAAUCAAGGUUAAACAUACAUUUGAAGUAUGUAUCUUAUGUUGUUUUAUUUUAUAAUCUAUAAAUAUGGCACUAUGUAAUACUAGUUUACUAAUUUCUUAUGUGAGAAAUAACUAUAGUUCAAUCAAUUAUUGGUAAAAAUAACACAAAUGUUUGAGCGUUUGUUUAUGAUAGAAUUAUUAAUUGAACUAUGGGGAUGCAUGUGUGUAUUUUUUGAAACAUAAAUUUUAAAAGAUAUUAUCCUAUCCUUC